UCAUGACUAACAGCAAGGUUAUAUUCUUUCCAGUGAUUGAUUUCAUUCAGAAGUAAGUACAUAUAUUCCAAACCAACAUUUCAACUCUCUUUCAUCUUAAACUAUUAUAUAUGUCAACUUCAGAAAUGAAAGCAUCUGAUACCAGGUUGCAGAAGGGGAAUCUACAAUGAUCAUAAUCAAAUUUACCUAUUAUAUAAGUUCCUUCUUUAAGCUGAUAAUUCAGCAAGCAAUACAGACUUCCAAACUUAGCUUCCAUCUGCUUCUUGAAAUGGGAAUCCGUCUUUCUCGUGGCAUUCCACCAGCAGUCAUCGAAAUUCAUUCGACAGAUCAAUGGAACUCUCAUUUAGAAUCCUCAAAACAUUCUGCCAAACUCAUGGUGGUCGACUUCUCAGCUUCAUGGUGUGGACCAUGUCAAUACAUGGAGCCGAUUGUCAAAGAUUUCUCGACAAAGUAUAGAGAUAUCGAAUUUGUGAAAAUCGAUGUGGAUGAGCUUGCGGAUGUUGCUAGUGAAUUCGGGGUUGAUGCGAUGCCAACCUUCGUGUUUUUUAGGAAGGGGAAAGAAGUUGACAGGCUUAUUGGUGCUAAUAAGGGUGAACUUAGGGAGAGAAUCACAAAACACAGAGUUUAAGUCCUUUCAAUUCCGAGGUUCCAAAAGGUCUUUUUAAAGUUACAAGUUCUGUAAACUUUGUGUAAACCUUAUUUAACUGAUCACACUAUUGUAUUGUGUACCCUUAAAUUCCAGAAAUGAAAUCACUGGCACAACUGCAUGAGUCUUCUGCAGGGAAGUUUUUCUUUU